GACCCGCCGCCCCGCCGCCGCCAUGGUUAUGUCCCAGGGCACCUACACGUUCCUCACGUGCUUCGCCGGUUUCUGGCUCAUCUGGGGCCUCAUCGUCCUACUCUGCUGCUUCUGCAGCUUCCUGCGCCGCCGCCUCAAACGGCGCCAGGAGGAGCGACUACGUGAGCAGAACCUGCGCGCCCUCGAGCUAGAACCCCUGGAGCUCGAGGGCAGCCUGGCCGGGAGCCCCCCAGGCUUGGCGCCGCCGCCACCACCGCAGCGCGGCCGUCUCGAGGCGCCGGCGCACGGGCAUCAGCACGUGCACGUUCACCCGCUGCUGCACCACGGGCCGGCGCAGCCGCACGCACAUUCGCACGCACACCACCACGCGCUUCCGCACCCGCCGCCGGCGCACCUCGCCGUGCCGCCGCGGCCUUGGAGCUACCCGCGCCAAGCGGAAUCGGACAUGUCCAAGCCACCGUGCUAUGAAGAGGCGGUGCUGAUGGCCGAGCCGCCGCCGCCCUACAGUGAGGUGCUCACGGACACGCGCGGCCUCUACCGCAAGAUCGUUACACCCUUUCUGAGCCGCCGCGACAGCGCGGAGAAACAGGAGCAGCCGCCGCCCAGCUACAAGCCGCUCUUCCUGGACCGGGGCUACACGUCGGCGCUGCACCUGCCCAGCGCUCCACGGCCCGCGCCACCCUGCCCGGCGCUCUGUCUGCAAGCGGACCGUGGCCGCCGGGUCUUCCCCAGCUGGACCGACUCGGAGCUCAGCAGCCGCGAGCCGCUGGAGCAUGGAGCUUGGCGUCUGCCGGUCUCCAUCCCCUUGUUCGGGAGGACUACAGCCGUAUAGAGGGGCGCCCGGCGUUCCGGGCCCCACCCGCGGACUCGUGGCCUGACUGCGGGGCUUUUUAAAUGCUUCCCUUGGACUGCGGGGGGGUGGGGAGGGAGGGAUUUCUUACCC